AUUAUACUCAUUGUAGAAAAAAAUUAAGUAUGACAAAUGAUCCAUAAGCCUGUCCCUACAGAACACAGUCAUUGUCUUCUUAAUGUUCCUUCUCUGCUUUGUGUAGGUAAUGAGUCAGGACAGGCGCGGCCACACCGAGGUAACACACAGCCCCCAGAGCUGCCUCAACAAGCAGCAGGUCCUCACGGCCGUCCGCCAGUUGCAGCAGCUGCUGAAGGUGCAGGAGACCCGCUUCGCCGAGGGCCUCCGCAAUGUGAGGAGCCGCCUGGCCAUACUGCAGAGCUCUGCCAACAGAGUGGGUUUCGACGGCUCCCCAGUUUCCUGCCCUGCCCUGGACGCCCCUCUAGAUGGCAGAAAGUUUGGAAGCAGGUACUUAGUGGAUCAUGAAGUCCAUUUCACCUGCGAUCCCGGGUUCCAGCUGGUGGGGCCUAGCAGCUUGGUGUGUCUUCCCAAUGGCACCUGGACAGGGGAGCAGCCCCAGUGUAGAGAUACAAGUGAAUGCUCCAGCCGGCCUUGUCAACAUGGUGAGACAUGUUUAGAAGGAGUCAACCAGUAUACAUGCAUUUGUACUUCAGGAAGGACUGGGAGCCACUGUCAGUACCAGGCCCAGAUCGAUGUGAACGAGUGUGAGCUCUACAAGAGGAGGGGGUACUCCCGCCUUUGCAUGCACAUCUGUGUGAACACACCAGGCUCCUACCACUGUACCUGCCCCAGUGGGUACCGGAUGCUGCCCAACAAGAGGACCUGUGAGGAUAUUGAUGAGUGUGUGCGUCCCCAGCGCCACUGUACGGGGAAAACCAUGUGCGUCAACAUUGGUGGAGCCUUCCAGUGUAUCGACCCCAAGUGCCCUGAGGACAAGAACAAUGUGACCUAUGUGAUGACGUCUCCCCUUCGGUGUGAGCGAAAUCCCUGCCCCAUGGACAGCAAACCCUGCCUCCGCCUGCCCAAGACUGUCUCUUUUCACUACCUGUCUGUGCUUUCCAACCUGGCAACGCCGGUGGUGCUCUUCCGCAUGACCAUGCCCCCGCUGCCCGGCCAGCGGAAACCCAAGGGCCUGCGGUUUGGCAUCGUGGGAGGGAACAGCCGCGAGCACUUUGUGAUGCAGCGCUCAGACCUCCGGACAGGGGAGCUGAUCCUCCUGAAGACCCUGAAGGGGCCGCUGACAGUGGAGUUGGACCUCGCCAUGUCGGAAUACCUGGGCCGCUCCUACCAGAUCAGCCACGUGUCCAAGCUCACCAUCUUUGUGUCCCAAUACGACUUCUAAGAGUGCGUGAGCACGGGGUGGAGAUCUGGGCUCAUGUGUCUUCCAAGGCUCAGCUGUGGGCACUGACUGCGAGACGCCUCCCCUCCCUGCCCGCCUGCUCACCUGCCAUUCACCCAGGGGUCCAGGGCACCGCUGCACCCUGGCCCACAGCGUUGCACGGAAGGGCGGCCACGAAACCCAAACUGCUGCCAUCACUUUUGUUUUCUGCUUUAAGGUUGUUCCCGUCGAUUAUGCACUAAUUUUCUGAAAUCUCUUUUCCAGGGGAAUGGGUAGCUUUUGAAAAUGCUGUGCGAAUGGCACUAUGGGUUUGAGCUAGCCGGGGAGGGAAGGCUUACAAUGUGGAUCAGUCCUGUAUUAUUAGUCAUGUUGAGGGUCAGACCGGGCCCGGUGUGCGUGGCACGGGGUGGGCCCUUGGCCACGACCCGGAGUUCUGCUGUUGUCUGUGUCCCCUCGGUGACAUGCCUGCCAGCCUUCUCACAGAGAGGGGUGCAGGCCUGGGAGCCCCACAUGAUUCUUCUAGACCAAGGGACCAACAUUGAAGAGUAGAUUCUGCCUGAAUUAAUUCCUUUUGAGAAAUCAUAUCUCAAAACAUAACCUGGUAUUCUGAGUAAAUAAAGCCUCUUGUUUCUCCCUGCCCACCUGGCCUGUCCCUGAACAUGAGCUGGCCCCGUGCCUUGUAGGAGGGGACACCUAGCUCGCUUCCUGUCUAGGCGCAGCCACUAAGAUGAAUGACUAAGAGAGAACACAUAGGUGAAUGUGGGAUUGCUCCCGCAGUGGAAAUCCGGCCUGGCCCAAUAGGAGAUUCAUAAGGCAACACCAGGCUGUGAGGAGUUUAAGAUGCUCCAGGCCUUCUACUUCUGAUGGAAGAGCCAGGAGGAGAUGCCCUCCAGUGACCAGCUAAGGCUGGGGGUGGGGCGGGGUGGGGUGGGAAGUUGGCUGAGCUGUGAGGUUUCAGUAUCCAAAUAGAUGUUAAUCUAGGUGAGAUUUCAUCACAGAUGCGUUAUUUUAAAACUCUGUAUUUGCUUGGUAUGAGAUGGAGCCAGAGGACAUGUGUUGCCAGGUUAGUGGCCAAGCCCACAUCAGGAUGUUUCUGGGACACUAUCCUUGUCUUAAUUUGCCAGACAAGAGUAAGACACAGUCAAGAGUUGCCUUUGAUAUUUUUCAUCUCCUCCCAUGAGCUCAGCUGCCAUCUCUCCAACGACAGAACCAGGGCCUGUAAAUCUGCCUUUCUGGGCUGUUACAUGACUAUUGAAACUGUUGUCCACAGCCUUGUGUUUCCAAGUGGUGCUGUGAAGGAUCAGAAGCCUGCAGGCCACCCUGUCCCCUAUGCGGACGUCAGGUGGGAGAGUCCAAAGGCCUGGCCACGUUACAGUGGUGUGCUCUUCCUCCUUGCUGAGGGCUUGGGUGGCUCCCAGGGACAAGCCUCGCACCUCCCAGGUGAGGCAUGUAGAUGCUCUUCAGAACAGGCGCCCACCUCCACUGGUGCAUCACGAUGACUUGGAUGCCACAGGCCCAGCCUAAAGCAGUGGUUUGCAUCCUUAGAUCUGCCGUCACAGUGCCGCAUGAAUGCCCGGCUGCUUGCGUUCCUCCUGUGGAGUACGCCUGGGCCUUCUCCGUGGGUGAUACCUUAUGUUCUCUUUUCUCUCUCACCUCACUUUCCCCGUGGAAACCAACCCUCUUUUGUCCUUUCACAAUCUGUGCCAGGUCAGAGCAGCUAAUAGAGGUAUUAAUUUGCACCCCUUUCCAAGAGACAUAGUUUCCUAGUAUUCGGCAGUGGUUUUUUUUUUAACUUUUGAUCACGCACAGUUGCAAACACACACAAAAGCAGAGAGGAGUGCAAUGAGCCCAUGUCCAAAUCACCAGCCUCGGUGAGUAACACAUAGCAAGUCUUGUUCCAUCUCUAUUCUCACCCCACAUGAUGAUUCUGGAGCAGAUCCUAGACGUCAGUCACAUUAUUUCAUCUGUAAAUAUUUUAGUAUUUCUCCUUAAACUAUAAGUACUCUUUAAAAAGCACAACCUCAAUACCAGUGAUAUCUAAAAAAUUAGCAAUAAUUCUUUAAUACCUUCAGAUAUUUCUGAGUGGCUCAUGACUUUGUUUGAAUUGGAUCCAUGAUUUGUAAUUUGUUGAUAGGCCUCUUUAGUCUCUUUUAAUCUGUACAGUGGUUCUCACAUCUGAACAUAUGUUUGGAGAAACUGGAGGCUUGUUAGAAGACAGAGUACUGGGUCAUUUGUCCUGUAGAAUUUCCCACAGUCUGGGUUUUCCUGAGUGCAUCUCUAUUAUGUCUUUUUCCAUGUUCCUCUGUCCUCUCUGCUUUUUACACAUCAAUCUUUAUAUCUAGAGAUUUAAUCCAGGUCCAGUUAGGUUUUGCUUUGCAAGACUGCUUUCUUGGUGGUAACAGGAGCUUCCAGUGGGAGCAAUAGAGUCUCUUGUUGACUCUUUUCUAAUGUUAGCAGCCACUGAUGUUUGUUGAUAGACCAUGACUCCUUUAGGCGUCGCAAAUAAUAUUCUAGUGCUGUUGUUUCUUUUUUGUUUAUUGGCUGGUGUACUUUGUCAAGAGAAACCUGCUUUCAUCAAUUAUUUGGCUGUCCUGGGGUUUGGUCUAUAUAGGAAAGGCAGGAAAAUUCCUCGACUCUUCUUAGCUUGCAAGGUGGCUGCGGUGAGAAUUGUUUUCUUGCCGAGUACAUGAUGAACUCGUGGUUUAAACAGCUGAGGUAUGUUUCAGGGCAUUGCAGUUAUUGUUCCUGCUGUUGCUCAGACUGUGGUCCCUCUGGCCCUUGGGAACUGCUUCAAGUUGGCUGAUUCCUGUUGACAUGACCCGGGUGGUCUUUGAUAGUUUCAUAGUUAUCUUGUCUAUCUGUUUCAAGCUCAUCUUGUGUAUUCUGAGUCCCAGCCCUGAAGUCAUGCAUUACCCCAGGGAUCCUGGUUCUUUUCAGUGGGCAAUGAUAAUUAGAGAUCAAAAUCUGGGUGCUAAGGGUGCUCAAUGGUAGUGGUGUGAUCAGAAUGACAAUGCCAAAAUUAUCACAAAAAAUAAUUACUGAAAACAGUUAAAGUUUUCUUUUGCAAUUCUGUUUCUUGGUUUUAGUGGACAGAACUAGGACAUGUGUACUCUUUGUUGUUGUUGUUUUUUAAA